AGAUCAAUGUAAACAAAUAUAAUUUUGCUGUGAUAAGAUUCUAAAAAACGCAAAGAAUUUGAAAAACUGACUAAUGGAUGACGUUGCUACAUUGAAAAGUGAAAAUGCUAAUUUACGCAAAAUUCAGUCUCGACUUCUCCAGUGGGAACAAAAGGAUAAUGCUCUAGCGCCCCUUAGCUCUGCGCAGAAUGAGUUCAUCAAUCGACUGGCAGAAUCGCUUGGAGCUGGAAAUACUACGAAAUGUGCGACAGAAACGGCGAACGUUGGCUUUGAGGUCAAAACAUCAUUAGAUGAGUUUAAGCAGUCCGGCGGUGUUAUCGAUUCCACGCAAGAUUUUCUCUCGUGGUACAACUCAAUCGAUUCGGAAAUUUUGGAGCAUUUCGAUGAUGUUUACUUGGAUUACUAUCAGCAACUAAAAACUCGUUCCGCUGAAUGUGGCAAUUUGCUGCUGGAAAUUGAUACCUCCCUGGAUGCCCUCAGUAAGCUUACCAGUGAAUACAAGUUUGUUUCGGAGAAAACUUCUUCAUUGCACCAGGCCAGCGAGAAUCUACUGCAAGACCAGAACAAACUGAAUGAAAUUGACGAAGAUAUACGGAAAAGAUUGAAGUAUUUCUCCCAAGCGGAGAGUAUUUCGCAACGGUUGCAAAACCCCACCUUCUCCGUGUCCAAUGAUACCUUUGUGGACAUUCUUAACUCGAUCGACGAGUGUCUGGAGUACAUGCGCACGAAUCCUAAUUUCAGUGAAGCUUCUGCUUACGGUAUUAAGUAUCGUAAUUGUUUGUCCAAGGCUACGCAAAUGAUGAAAAACUAUGUAUGCAAUAUUCUUACUAAUGCAACCGCUCAGAUUAUGGCUCCCCGGACUGGAGCAGCACCAGCCGCUCCCAAAGAAACCGAAGAACAAGCUUUGGAGGCCGCUUUCGCAUUAUUCUACGGAAAGUUUCAGGCUUCAGCACCGAAAGUCAAAAGAAUUACGGCUACCAUUGAGGAGCGUUUGGAACGGAGUGCUGAAUAUGCUCAAUUGCUUGCCAGUUUGCAUCAACACUUUCUGUUCCAGAGAGCGUUGAUCAUGAGUUCUGGAGUCGAGCUAGCGAUACGGGAUCUUAGCAAGAAACACAAAGGAGAUCAUUGCGCGUUGGUUCGGUCGGCUUGCGCGUUUAUGGUGCAUGUGUGCCAGGACGAACAUCGGCUGUUCUAUCAGUUUUUCAGCAAUUCGAGUCCACAGUUAACGGCAUACAUGGAAGGACUGUGCACCAUUCUGUAUGACAUUCUGAGGCCGUUUAUUAUACGGAUCGAUCAUCUGGAAACACUGGCUGAAAUAUGCAGCAUACUUCGUGUUGAGAUGCUGGAUGAGCAUGUUCAUUAUAAUCCCGAAGCUUUGGAAGCGCUUGCCAAAAUAGUGUAUCAGCUGCUUCAAGAUGUCCAGGAACGGAUCGGUUUUCGCGCUCAAAAUUAUCUUGAGUCGGAUAUCCUCCACUAUCGACCAUCCGCCGGCGAUCUCGCCUACCCAGAAAAGCUAGAAAUGAUGGAAAGUAUUGCAUUGUCUCUGCAGGAGAAUUAUCUGCGACGAGCGGACUCUCGCAGUUCUAUUGUUUCGAUUGCCUCACUGGCAUCACAGGAAGUGGAAAGCAUCAAUCAGCAGGCAGAACAAGCGGCUAAAGCUCGGGCCGGUAACUCACCGGCCGAUCUACACGGAAUGUGGUAUCCAACGGUACGUCGUACGUUAGUUUGUCUGUCGCGAUUGUAUCGUUGCAUUGAUCGCAGCAUCUUUCAAAGUCUCUCCCAGCAGGCACUGGCAAACUGCAUCCAGAGUGUGUCCAGUGCUGCAGGGCAAAUAUCCCAGAAGAAAACCAGUAUCGAUGGAGAAUUGUUUGAAAUCAAGCAUUUACUAAUUUUGAGAGAACAAAUUGCUCCAUUUCGGGUUGACUUUACUGUGAAAGAGACUAGUUUAGAUUUCAGCAAGGUGAAAACGGCCGCCUAUGAGUUAUUGCAGAAGAGAAAGCAGUUAUUUGCCCUUGGAUCAAAUAAUGCUCUGUUGGAGUUUUUGUUGGAUGGAACACCACAAGUCAAAGAGCAACUAUUGGACUCACGCAAAGAUGUUGAUCGCCAGCUAAAAACCGUUUGUGAACUAUUUAUCAAGGAUGCUACCAAGCUAUUGGUUGGACCAAUUUUGCAUUUCAUCGAGACAGCACAGAUUCACCUCAAGCAGACAGCGACUGCCGCGCAGUUGCAACAGCAGCAGCAGACACAACAGCAACAGGGAAUGGCACUUCGAAUGGCAUCAUUUGCUGCUCCGCAACUAAUAAGUUCUAUCAUUCAGGAAAGCAUUCGAAACAUCAAGACCAAACUUGGUGCACUUCAACGCUCGAUGCAACUCUAUCUUGCUAAUAAAGAUACAGAGUUUAUUUUGUUUAGGCCUAUCCGGAAUAACAUAAUUGGUUCGUUUGUCAAACUGGAGCAACUGCUGGUAACAAAUGCUUACAGCAAAGAUGACCUAACGAUUGUUAGCUGCCCGUCAGCGGAGCAGAUUUCGGUGCUAAUUUCGAGCGUAAAUUUGAGUGGCAUUGACGAUAAUACCACAAAACCAAUUGAGGCCGGCCCACAGCGAAAGAUCAGCUCUUCUUCUCAUAGCAGCACUGGUGGCCCGAAGGCACCGAUUGAGAAGAAGGUGAGUUUUGAUAGUGAGGCCAAUUCAGUGGUACAAAUUGAUGCUCGCUCGGAGGAAAGUGAAAACAGCGAGGCGACUGUAGUUGCUGCGGCCGAGAGUCAACAGUAAUAGGGUGGUAAGUUAGGACCCAGGUACGCAAUAUAAUAAUUC